CUCUCGCAGUAGAACUUCUCAUACUCAGGUAAAUGGAUAGAGCACACUAUACUCCAGUAAAGGAGGAGGGGGAAGUGCUGUUGUGUGGUGUGUUUGUGUGUGUGUGGUUUGAUUGGUUGUUAGGCGAGGCGUAAACAAAGUCAUUCUAGCACGAUGGCGUCGAUUGCUGCAGCCAAAGUUGCCGAGGUGCGGGAAACCACCCGCGUCGAGAGGGUGGGAGCUCAUUCACACAUCCGUGGCCUGGGUCUCGAUGACAGCCUUGAGCCCCGUGUUGUCUCCCAGGGAAUGGUGGGGCAGCUUACUGCCAGGCGAGCUGCUGGCGUUGUCCUCGAGAUGAUCAAAGAAGGAAAAAUUGCGGGGCGUGCUAUACUUCUCGCUGGUCAACCUGGCACAGGUAAAACUGCCAUUGCUAUGGGAAUGGCUCAGGCUCUUGGUGCAGAUACACCCUUUACGAGCAUGGCUGGUUCUGAAAUAUACUCCCUUGAAAUGAGCAAAACAGAAGCUCUCACCCAGGCUAUACGCAAAUCUAUUGGCGUUCGUAUCAAGGAAGAAACGGAGAUUAUUGAAGGAGAAGUUGUUGAGGUUCAAGUGGAUCGCCCUGCUACUGGUGUAGGAACAAAAGUAGGAAAACUCACUCUGAAAACCACAGAAAUGGAGACGAUAUAUGAUUUGGGUGGGAAAAUGAUUGAAUGCAUCAUGAAAGAAAAGGUACAAGCUGGUGAUGUCAUAACCAUUGACAAGGCUACAGGAAAAAUUAGCAAACUAGGACGGUCAUUCACUAGAGCACGGGAUUAUGAUGCAACUGGUCCUCAAACAAGAUUUGUUCAAUGUCCUGAAGGAGAAUUACAAAAGCGUAAAGAAGUUGUUCAUACUGUGUCACUGCAUGAAGUGGAUGUCAUCAACAGCAGAACGCAUGGCUUCCUUGCUUUAUUCUCAGGUGACACUGGUGAAAUAAAGUCAGAAGUGCGGGAACAAAUUAAUGCCAAAGUUGCAGAAUGGAGAGAAGAGGGCAAGGCAGAAAUAGUUCCUGGUGUUCUUUUCAUUGAUGAGGUUCACAUGUUAGAUAUUGAAUGUUUUUCAUUCUUGAACCGUGCUCUAGAAAAUGAAAUGGCACCUGUUGUUAUCAUGGCUACCAACAGAGGUAUAACCCGCAUUCGAGGCACUAACUAUGUGUCCCCUCAUGGUAUUCCAAUUGAUCUUUUGGAUCGGAUGAAUAUUGUAGCCACCAAACCUUACGAGGAGAAAGAACUCAAGGAAAUUCUCAAAAUUAGGUGUGAAGAAGAAGAUUGUGAAAUGGCAGAAGAUGCCCUUACAGUUCUCACUCGUAUUGCGGGUGAAACCUCCCUGCGAUAUGCAAUCCAACUCAUCACCACUGCUGGUCUUGUAAGCCGCAAACGUAAAAGCAAUGAGGUUCAAAUGGAGGACAUCAAGCGUGUGUAUUCCUUGUUCUUGGAUGAAAACCGAUCCAUGCAGUUCUUGAAAGAAUACCAAGAUGAGUUUAUGUUUAAUGAUAUGGGUGACUCAAAUGACGCAAUGGAGGUUACUGAUGGAUGAACUUUAUUGGAGUAAUUGGUAACAUUUAGAUAAGAUACAUCUUUACUUGUAAGAAUUUGUUUUCAAAUUUUCCGACACCAGUGAAUAUGGAAACCAAGAAGUCACUGUCCAUUCUUUUCCCUUUUCAGUUCAAAUAAGUUGCUCUCCCAUUAUGUGUCUACUUACUUCUGAUUAGAUUCUAUGUAGCUGAUAAGAAAGUGCCAUACUUAUUGUGGCCUUAUCAUUCCUUUCAUACCCAGCUUGGGGAAUUUUUUAAAAUGUUCUUGUGCUAUGAGUCAAUAAAUAAGUUCAUUUUAGGCAAAGGAAAUGUUCGCAAAGUACACCUCAUUAAAAGGCAAAUAUGGAUAUGA